GAAGGGACCUGGAACCUGUGUCUCCAGUUUCCCCGGCGCGGGCGCCGCGGAGAGCCGCGGGGGUGGGCGCGAGGAGGAGAAGGCGAUGAAUGAGUGCUCCCCUCACCUCGGAGUUGUGUGAGUUGGCGGCGCCGUGCCCGGGCUUCCGGCUCUCGGCGCCCCACGCGCUCGUGGCUCCCGCGGCUGCAGCCCACGCCGGCGUCCGGAGCCGAGCGCGCCGCGCCGCGCCGGGGGAGCCGAGGCUCCCGAGCUCCUGUCCCGGCCCCGGUCCAGGGGAAAGGAGGGGGGUACCCGGCGGAGGCGCACGGCCACGCGGUCUCCCGCACUCUCCGCGGCCCGCCCGGCUCUCCAUGGCGUCUCGUCAGCAAUCCCGGAUCCAGGCUUACCUGGAGAAGAACAAGAUCGGCCCCCUGUUUGAGGAAUUAAUGACCAAGUUAAUAACUGAGACACCUGACCAGCCAAUCCCUUUUCUCAUUGACCAUCUUCAGUCUAAACAAGGAAGCCGUGGACAGCUUCAAAGAACUUUAUCUGGAUCUGCAGCUCUCUGGGCAGAAAGUGAAACAUUAGAACAUAAAGGAACAAGAAGAGAUUUCAGAAGCUAUGAUAAACCCUGGCAAUUAAAUGCAAAGAAGCCUAAAAAGUCAAAAAGUGACCUUGCUGUGUCUAAUAUUUCUCCGCCAUCACCAGAAUCAAAAUCAUUGCCAAGGUCAGUAGAUCAUCCUAAGUGGAACUGGCGGACUAAACCAGAAAGCCGUGAUUUUGAUGAAUUGAACCACAUCCUUCAAGAGAGCAAGAAACUGGGAAAAGCCCUUGAGAAUCUCUCUCGAAGUAUUGCAAUUUCAGAUGAACUCGAUAAGGAAACAGUGGCGUUUAAUUCUUCUCUUCUGAGACCCCGUGUGAUUGGAGAAUGGAUUGGUCGAGAAGAGAAUGAUGCUGACCCACUUGCCGCUGAAAUGUUACAGCCCCCAAUACCAAGAAGUAAAAAUGAACAAUGGGAAACUGAAGAUAGUAGCUCUAGCCCUGCAGGAAGUUUAAAGGUGGAGCCCAAGUCUAAAGGAUUAAAACAGCAGCAACAGCAGCAUAAGAAACUUCUGGCAGCAAUGCUCUCUCAAGAUUCUUUUGAGUCUAUCCACAGCCCUACCCCGUCUGUAACAGAAGAAGAUAUCGAUAACGAAGAUGAUGCAAUGGAAUUGAUGGAGGAUCUUGAUGAUCUAAGAAUGGAGGGAGUAACUACCCUGGUACCUUCUGGGAGCAAAUUUAACCAAGGUCGAGCUACUCACUCUUCUGAACCUCAGGCCAAAGUCACGCUGAACAUCUGUUCAAGGUGUGCCAGGCUUCAAGGAGACAGCCUGGCAGAAAGGACUGAAGAGACCUCACAAAUACUUCAUUCUCCAGAUGAAAUAAUCCGAGAUUCUUUGGAUUCCUUACCUGGGACUGAAGAAGCAGUAAUGGAAGAGGCUGAAGAAUUUGAGACAGCAUCUAAAUUAACAGGGCCUGAUGACUCUUUAAAGCAGCUGCAGGUGGUGCAUCAACCAUGGAUCUUGCCAAGUGACACAGAAAGUGAGGGCGUGGAAGCAGAACAGGAUAAAUGUUCUGCUGAUCUUCUCCUUUGUGUUCCAUGUUCUUCUUGUCCCGCACUGGUCUACUCUGGUACGUUUGCUCAGGGCACUUAGUAUCAAUGUCAGGUGACGGGCACCAUUCACAGCUACUCGAAAGUUCUGAUUUUUUAAAAAAAUA